GCCGGGGCUGGGGCGGGCAGAGCCCGGGACUGCCAAGGGGGUGGGGCCCAGCUGGAAAAAGCCUCCCUCGGCCGGGCCCCCCCCGGGGAGCAGCAGCGACUCAACCCGGGCCCGGCUCACACGCAGGCGGCGGCAGCAGUUUUGUUCUCCCGCCCCAAGCGGGGCUCGCACGAAGGCCCCGGGGCAGGCUGGGAAAUGUAGUUCCUGACUCUCCAGGGAGCGGAAGUGACGUCAGCGAGGGAGUCGGAACCGGGCUGCGAUGGAACGGUGGGCGGGGCGGCGCUCUCUGUUUCGCGGUGGGCUGUUGGAUCCUCUCCUGAGACCGGAGAAGGUGAACAAGAAAAGGAGCGGUAAGAGGAAAAGCCAGUUCCUGACUCCAUAUUCCCGCUGCUGGGGUGUGGCUGCUGUGGGAGUGACCUCCAUCUUUCACUCCAUUUCAUCCAGUCCUCCCAUGGCACAAGGAAGAGAAAUGGCUGCAGUGGGACCAGCCCAGGGGCCGAUCACCUUUGAGGAGGUGGCUCUGCAUUUCACCAGGGAAGAGUGGGCUCUGCUGAACCCCACUCAGAGAGCCCUCUACUGGGAUGUCAUGCUGGAGAAUUAUGAGACUGUGACUUUGCUGGGGUUUCUGGUUUUCCAGCAUGAUGUGGUCUCCCAUCUGGAACAAGAGGAAGAGCCGUGGGUCCCAGACCUCCAGGGUUCAGAGAAGAGAGAGAUCCUGAGAUCUCCCUGCACAGAUGAGGAAACAUUACACCAACUCAGAAUCUCAGGUGAUACAAUGAGAUGUGAGAAAGAGGAGGAGAAUUCUCAUCAGGGAAAUGUUGAGGAAGUGGAUAAACACGGAGCAUUCUCGCAAAGAAUGAAAAGGAAUGUGUCCAGUAGUGAUGAGCAGGGAAGAUCCUGUGAGGUUCCUGAAAGAUCAGAAAAAGAGCAGGGAAACCAGCCAGAGGAGAAAAUGGAUACCUUUAUUUCCUGUCAGGGAACUCAGAAGGGUCUUAAGGAAACCAGAAGACAGCAGGAAAUCUGCAGGGAAAAGCAAAAAACUACAUGCGCUGAGUGUGGGAAAACCUUCAAUUACAGCUCACACCUGAGUAGGCAUCAGAGAAUCCACACUAGGGAGAGGCCCUAUGAAUGCCUUGAGUGUGGGAAAUUCUUCACUCAAAGAUCAGUGCUUAUUACCCAUCAGAGAAUCCACACAGGGGAGAGGCCUUAUUUAUGCAGUGAGUGUGGAAAACUCUUCACUCAAAGAUCAACCUUUAUUACGCAUCAGAGAAUCCACACAGGGGAGAGGCCUUAUUUAUGCAGUGAGUGUGGAAAACUCUUCACUCAUAGAUCAACCCUUAUUACCCAUCAGAGAAUCCACACAGGGGAGAGGCCUUAUUUAUGCAGUGAGUGUGGAAAACUCUUCACUCAUAGAUCAACCCUUAUUACCCAUCAGAGAAUCCACACAGGGGAGAGGUCUUAUUUAUGCAGUGAGUGUGGAAAACUCUUCACUCAAAGAUCAACCUUUAUUACGCAUCAGAGAAUCCACACAGGGGAGAGGCCGUAUGAAUGUAGUGAGUGCAGGAAAACCUUCAGUCAAAGCUCUCACCUUAUUACCCAUCGGAGAAUCCACACAGGGGAGAGGCCAUAUGAAUGUAGUAAGUGCAGGAAAACCUUCAGUCAAAGCUCUCACCUUAUUACCCAUGAGAGAAUCCACACAAGAGAGAGCGCCUAUGAAUGCACUGAGUGCGGGAGAACCUUCAAUCACAGCUCACCCCUUAUUGAGCAUCAGAGAAUCCACACAAGCGAGAGGCUCUGCGAAUGCCAUCAGCAGGCCUGCACAACUCGUAAAGCGGCGAGGGCCACAUGACUCCAAAAAUAACAGUGCUAUUAGAAGAAACCACUGUCAGGACACCUGGACCAGUAGGAAAGAGGAUUUUGUAAUUAGCUUUAAGAACUAGGCCAGGCAUGUAGGUUCCUGAAAACAAGAAACUUUUUUUUUUAAAGCAGCAUACAUCCCUGGAGUUAACCUUUGCUUUUUGACACAACUUCCUUAAAUGCUUUACUAUCAUUAAUAGUCAGUAGGGCUCAGAUGCUCAAUUGUACAGUGUAUGUUUAAUUUUUUUUUCAUUUUUAUAAGUAAGUUGACAUUAAACUUUUAUCAAUAAACUUUUGGUAACUGAAUUGUUUUUCUUAACUAUGUGAACAAUGGACUGUAUAUUUUUUUACAGUCUGAAACGUACCCAUCAGAUAUAUUUUACCUCUCAACUACAUUAAACGUGUCUGAAUGAAA